UUUGAUCUUUUUCACAGGCACGAGAGGUUGACAGCAGAUGGAGAACUGACAACGCAUGACUGCACAGCUGUGGUCAGGGCCACCAAAGGAGACUUCCUGGCCAUCACCCGGAAGAUGUUCCAGAGUGGCUGAACAAGAAGACCACUGCAUCAGGGUACACAAGGAGCACAAGACGAGUGCUCAACAAGUGGCCACAUUUGCCCUUUCCCAACUUACAACUUACUUGGACUUACAACCCGUAUAUAUGCCAAACAGACUGAGAGCAAGCAGUCAGAAUUUAUCAUCACCCAUGGCAAGUGGCCACAUUUUCCCUUUCCCAGGAGGAGGAUUCUGUAAGUUGGAAAUAAUUUUCCUGUCAGAAACAGGAUGCAUUAAUUUAUCUUGACGUUAUUUAUGAAUGAAUGUAAUUAAUUUUUAUUUUUCCUCUGCAAACAGUGGUUUGAGCUGUACUACACGUGUGCGGCCACAACUCCAGUCCUGCAUCAGGAAGCGGAAGAGGGAGGAUAUGGAUGGGACUGAAGAGAGAUUCUUCAUCUCAUCCGCGAGUGGAAGAAUACACAAUCCCUCCAAUGACCUCCAACGGCUGCACAUAGGGUAUGGCAUCAGACCAUGGGUGACCAGCCAGAGAGCACACCGGGUCCUCGAGACAGCCACCAAGAGUCUGACUGACACAGAGAAGUCUCUGGUAGCUGACUAUCUGACACAUUCGACUGCUACAGCGGAGAAACAUUACCGCAUGAAGCAGGCAGACAACGUCGUGAGGGCUAGUCAGCUCCUGGAUUUGCUGGCUGGUCAGUCGAGCACUGAUCCUUCAGAAGGGGAAUCAAGCCGCGCUGCCCGUAGCAUUGCUCGCAGUGCUGCCCAGCAGAAGGCAGAGACGACAGAUCUGCAAAUGGAUUUUGAGGCAGCGUACAACCGGCGUGUAGAACAGCACCCGGUGACUCUGGAGGGUGGAGCACCAGAUAAGGCUCUGCGCGCCGACAUCUCACCUAGCUUUCAGCGGAAGCUGUACGAGCAAUGGGUGAAGGCCCAGAUGAUAUUCACUCGCGCUUUGGCCCUCGUCUAGCCAGUGAGGAGAAGGUCAGCAAGUGGAUCUCUGAUCAGGGAUGGAGGAGCAACAUACCCAGUGCAGCCCAGUUCAUCAAAGAAUGGAAACCCCAUGGAUCCGUGGACACAGCAUUGGACACUAAACAGAUCCGGAGACUCACAAGGACCCAGAGGUGGAAAGGACUUGUUGUGACAGAAGAUGGAGGGAAGGGCAAGGGCGUCAUUGCUGCCCGAAGAUUUCUGGCUGGUGUGUGACUACCACGGGCAGGUCGUCACAGCCUCAGAGGGACACAGCACUCACAGCACUGUGAGUGCGGAGGACGGUGUUCACAUGUUUUUUUUCGAAAACAUGAAUGGACAGGCUAUGUGCACUGACGCACAUUCGCCUUGCUGUGAGUGCCAUCCAGACCGACAGACUUUUGGGCGGUUAAUCAACCACUCAAGGAAACAUUGCAACCUGAGGCCCAGAGCAUACACUCUUCAAAACGGGGUGGACAUUAUUAUUUUCCUGGCCACAAAGAACAUUAAAGAAAAUGAAGAACUUUUGCUUGAUUAGAAAAUCUUUUAUAGCAAAAGGGGUUAGACUUCCUUUGGUUAUAAAUGUGUAAUUACAUGUGUAAAUGUGUGUAAAUACUCCUCUGUAAACAAAAUGUGUAUGUGCAUGAGUGUAUAAAUACAAUUUAUAACAAGAAUUUAAGUUUACACUGUGAAGACGUGCUCAAAGUUUGUUAUUGAUGUAGCGUCAUUCAUUGUAGACUUUCAGCCAUAUCACUUAUUAGCUGUCUGUUACUAGCCCUUUAACGAGCUGUGCCUUCAUGAAAUGCAUCAGCUGCCCAUUAAAAAUGUUGUUGAUGUCACUUGUUGUGACAUUUUUGUUGACUAGCUAGACAGAAGGAGACCAGAAGUUUUUAAAGCACCGAAAAUCUCUACCACCAACCUGCACAUACAUGGUUGAUGUCCAUGAUUCUGUUGACCGGCUCACAGUGCGGAGCGAG